AUGAACUCACAAGUCAGCAUUACUAGUGAUCUGCGUAUUGCUGCGAGCGGGAUCUGCAACCGGGUGUGCUCCCUGGAGAGGGAGCGCAAUGAGCGGGCCUGGCCCGCUAACGUGGAUGUAGCAGCUGUCACGACGCAAGCUAUGCCUCUUGUGUCUGCUGUGAAAGAGGUCCUGACCCAUGGGGAGAAAAGUGCAGCGGAGACAGCGACUCCGACAGUACCGGCCCCGGAGGUGUAUGCAGGGACCGCUGCGGAGAGGAGUUUACGGGGGCAGCAGUCGCCAAAGUGGACUGGUACACUUUGGCGGCGGAAAUUUAGCAGGAGGAUCCCUCAGCUAAAGUUGCUAAAGUGUCAAAUCACCAAUAUGGCUUCAGCACAGUCCAUGUUAGUCCUGGCAGUGCAUAUUCUGCUGGUUUCAGAAUUCAUCCUGGCCAAAAGGGACUACUACGACAUUCUGGGGGUGCCCAAAGAUGCCACUGAGCGUCAGAUCAAGAAGGCCUUCCAUAAACUGGCCCUGAAGUACCAUCCGGACAGGAAUAAGGGCCCAGACGCUGAAUCAAAGUUCAGAGAAAUUGCAGAAGCUUAUGAGACUUUAUCAGACGACAAGAGGAGGCGGGAGUAUGACCAAGUCGGCUCAUCGGGGCAGGACUUCAGAGGUGGAGCCAGUGGAGGCCACAAUGACUAUAACUUUAAACAGCACUUCCAGUCCUUCAACUUUAACUUUGAUGAUCUUUUCAAAGACUCUGACAUGUUUGGUCACCAACAAUUUCACCAUAACUUGCACUCCAACUCCCAAGCACACCAAAGGCGGCACUUCACCAGCCACUUCCAGACCCACCAGGAGGCCAUGAAGCAGAAUAAGAAGUCUUUUGGAGGGGGAAUGUUUGACCACAUGUUUGAGGACUUGGAGAAGAUGUUCACGUUUAAUCCCCACAGUAGUAGGACUGAGGGUGGCUUCCAGCGCUCGGGCAAACAUCACUGCCGGACAGUGACUCAGCGCAGAGGCAACAUGGUGACUACCUUCACAGACUGCUCCUAA